UUCACUGUGGUAGCUGAUUUCAAUCUGUGACUGUGAUUUCAAUUUUCAACCAAAUUACCCUAGAUUCGUAGUGAAUUUAGUAUUUAUUACUCAGACUCAGUCAUUAGAUAAAAAUUUAUAAAAAAAGGUGUGGUGCAUUCUCAAUAUGUCUGCAACCCUUAAACCAUAUUUAACGGCAGUACGCCACACAUUAACAUCCGCAAUGUGUCUUGAACAUUUUUCUUCACAAGUUGUUGAAAGAUAUAAUAAACCAGAAGUGGAAGUCGGUACAAGCAAAGAGCUGUUGUUAAACCCAGUCAUAAUUUCACGAAACGCCAAUGAGAAAGUUUUAAUUGAAUCAUCAAUUAAUUCAAUACGGAUAAGCAUUAUGAUAAAGCAAGCAGAUGAAAUUGAAAAAAUUUUAUGCAAAAAAUUCAUGAGAUUCAUGAUGAUGAGAGCGGAGAACUUUAUCGUGUUGCGCCGGAAACCGGUAGACGGAUAUCAUAUCAGUUUCCUUAUUACUAAUUUCCACACUGAACAAAUGUAUAAACACAAACUAGUGGACUUUGUUAUAUAUUUCAUGGAGGAAAUUGACAAGGAAAUAAGUGAGAUGAAACUAGCUGUGAAUGCUCGUGCUAGAAUUUGUUCUGAAGAAUUCUUAAAGAGGUUUUAAUAAAUUUGACCAAAUGACAUCUAUUUAAAUUCCAUAUUGUAUUAAUUAGUGUAAGUAACUUAAGCUAGUAUUCAAGUAAAUCAAGUUUAAAAUGUUAACUAAGUUGUCAAUUUUUACUACUGUGGAGAAAAAUGAUAUCACUAAACAAUUAAUAUCAUUAAUUAAAACUUGAUCAAAUUGUAAGAAACCAUUUCUCGUAGACAUUUUUUAAAUGCAUCCUUUUUUAAAUAUUAUGGCUUCAACAUAAUUAUAGUUGCCAAACUAAUCAUUCUUCAUAUUGCUCUAGUAUGUUGAAAAUAACUAUCUUCUAGAGUGUGGAUAUUAAAUAAAGUUCUAUUAUAAAAAAACUUCAACUCAAAGAGAAGGGAUGCUUAAAAGUAGUGUAAUAAUAUUUUAUUCUAAUGCCCAGUUAGCAGGCAUAGCUAUUACAGGUGUGUAAAUUAUUCAAUUAAAAAACAACUUCAUAUUUAUUUUCUUCAAGACUUUCAUAUUUUUCAUUACUAAUAAUGUCACAAAUCUACAAUCUAGUAAUAAUACUACUACUACUAGUAAUAAAACAAGAUUGUUUAUAAUAGUAAUAUUUAUUUAAGCUUUUUAGGUGCAUUUAAAUAACUGUCUUCAAGAAAAUAAAGGUGCUGCCUUUUUGUAUUAUAAUUUGUUACUGUAUUAUAAAUUAGAUUGUAAGUGUAAAUGUUUAUUGAAAAUAUAGAGUAAUAUGUACUGUGUAUUACUGAUAACAUAGAGCCUUCUUGAUGUUGGAGAUUUACACUCACUCUAUGUUUUCCAAAGGUUAGUGUUGAGAACCGGCUCUCAUCCUAGCACUACAAUUACAUGAUAGUGGUCCUUGAAAGAGAUUAGAAUUUACCCAAAGAGCAUACCAACUCUCCAAGAGUCAAAGACAAUCACCCUCCUUGACCUUGAAGAGCUCUUACUCAAACCACCUGUCAUAUUUUGCAAUACUCCUGUGAUUCCUCUGUUGAUGCAAGUCCGGUUUGAGGUGUUCUUUUAGGUGAGGUGUCGAGAGGUGACAAGUAUGUGCAUUAAUACCUCCUUUCUCUGCUCUAUGUCAUACAUUAUAUACUUUUCACGCUACAACCAUUCAAGUUCAGUGCUUUUAUCCAUCUAGUGCCCAACAUACCUAAAUAAAAUUAAUUUCCUAAAUCAAUAUUCUUGAAUUUUUGAGGUAAGAAGAAAUGAUUUAUUGUGUUUCUAAAAUCUUAUAUAUAAAAUUCUCGUGUCAUGAUGUUUUUUUUUUUAAAUUUGUUUGAUUAUGAGUCAGGAUUAAAAAAUACAUACAACUUCAAAUUUUCACCCAUCUACGAUCAACAGAUACUUUAUCGCGAUUUUAAUAUUGGCAAUACAAUGUUUGCUGGGUCAGCUAGUUAACAUAUAAUUUUCACUUCCAACCAGAUACAACUAGAUAUUUAUAUGGUGAUUCUAGUCCACAUCUGUAACAUCUCCCUGUGUCAUAAAUACUGUUUGCUAAAAAAUAUUAUGGGUCCUUUAUGUAAGUAAUUAUUGCACAUAAUUUAUUUAUUUUGGUUAAUUGUCUCGCUCAAAUUUAUUGAAUAAUUAAAUAAAUGAGCUAGCAAGUCAAUACAUGAUUUUGUGAGAAAAUAAAAUUACAUUAAUUCUUGCUUAGGCUUAUUUGUUAAAUGUUUUUAUAUUUCUAUUGUAAUAAUUUAGUAAAGUAUAUAAAUAUAACUAAUAGUUUUAUUAAAAUUGCUAUGCUUUCUAAUUGAAUAUGAAAUUCAAAAGAAAAUCUAACUCCCUGGGCAAAGUCAGGGAAAGAAGUUAUGAAUGAAAUUAUUUUUCUGUAUUUUAAUACUGCAGCAGAAACCUUUUGAGGUUUAUUUUAAUUGUAGCAGACAUUUUGUGAUCUGCAGUACAAAGCCAACACUGUCUAUGCGUAAUAGUAAUCAAGCUUACAUAAUAGAUAAGCUAUAUGUCUAGAUCAAAGGAUCUCAACGUGGGCGAUAUUACCCCCUUGUGGGUGUUUGAGAGGGGGGGUAGUAGAAGACCCAGAGAAAAUUAGAGGGCAUUGAGAUGGCGUAGAUGGGGCGUGGGUAAAUUAAAAAAUAUAGUCUAAAAAAGGCAAGAAAAUACUCUAGAAUAAAACAUAUUCUCAAAGUGGGCGGUGAGCAAAAUAAGGUUGAGAAACUAUGGUCAAGAUAGUCUCUUGUUGUUAGACAAACGAUAAAAACAGGCCAGGAAUAUUAGUUUGAUGGGUGUGAUAGGCUAUGUCUUACACUCGCGAUUUGCAUGACAAUUUGUGUUAGUGUUUAAUCAUCAAUAAUCAUAUAAAUUGUAGGCCUGAUUGACUCUCUGUUCUUUAUGUCAGCUUUGUGAUCUACAGCACAAAGCCAAGGUCGAAAGGCAACAAUGGAAUGUGCAUAAUAGCAAUCUUUCCUAUACAUCUAGAUAAGAGUCUACUAAUGAAAACAGGCCAGCAAUAUUAGUUUAGUGUGCAUGACAAGCUAUAUCUUACAAUGUCGCGGUUUGUAUGACACUUUGUGUUAGUGUGUGUAUGAAUUGCUCAAAAUAGAAGUAGGUUCUAAACUCAAUUUUUUUCAACAUUUCCACAGCUGUCAUAGUCCAUCUAAAUCUAUAAAUGAUUUAUAUAAUCAAGGAUUAUUGUAGUAUAAUAUUGUAUGGUUACUUGAAUCCUACUGAAAAAUGGUGCCUCUGUAUAUAUAAUAUUAUGCCCGAAGCUGUCUUUCCACCUGACAGCAUUUUUACUUCUUAGUAGUACAAAUUAAUGUAGAUAUUGUUUAGAUAGUACAUGGCUUAUAUAGUAUAAUAUGUAUCUAAUCUAGAUAUUGCGUUUAUAGAUAUUGUUCGAUAAAUACGUAUUCAUACCUUCAUACCUACUAAGAUAUUUUAUGAUUUUUACGUAUGAGCGUACGGGCCUGAUGUUACAUGAUAGCCGGCGCCCCACAUUCUCCUACAUCUCAGGAGCAUUGCCUGUAUUUUUGGUGUCGUAUCAUCCUGGAAGCAACGCACCAGAAAGCUCAUUCCACAGUUUCUAUUUCAUAGAACGUGGCAGAAAAUAAUUGAAAACCGCAAUGUAACGGGGAACUUCACAGAUGCCGUGCGAAAGUGGAAAUCGGCGGAAACUUCUAAAAGGCCAACCUGGUAGAAAAGCUUACGGGCUUCUCUUGAAGAAACCCAUGUCGUAUCAUGCUCGGAAUCCAUAGCUUGGAACAUACAUGGAAAAUCCUUGAAAACUGCAUCGUAGAGGAACGCCAGUCAUCCAGAUGAAGAGGAUAAUUAUAUCCUAGUUUGCGGCGUGUCGUGUGAGAGUGGGAUUCGGCGGCAGACAUCAGGUCAUACAGCUCUACUGAAAUGGGGUAUAAAACACACAAUGAAGGGAUAUCCCUAUCUUACGCCAUAAUUAUGACACUGUAAGCAAUCUCUGUACUACGCGUUCAAAUUGUUCGAGCUAAUAAGAGUGCUUGAAGUAU